CCGGCAGAGUGAGGGUUAUGAUGAGUGACAUUGGUUGUUUAUUAUCCAAAUAUUUCAGAAGUUUUAGUUUUUGUGCUUGUUUUAUGCUUCUGCACAUUGGGUUCUGAAAUUUUUUAAUAAGUACUAACUUUUGUGUAGUUUAAACAUAACCUACAAAUGCAAAAAUGGAUUGUUUAGUGGCUUAUUACAGCGAGUUGUUUAAACCUAUUGAUGGCAACGUGUUUGAAAAUUUUUCAAAAUUUUAUGAUGCAGAUUUGACGCGCAUCUAUUCAUGGUUGGAAAAUCAGUUUAAGAACAAAACGGUAAAGAAUAACACUAUUUCGGCUUUGCACAGGCGAGAGGGCAACAAUUUUUACGCUGAGAAAAAUUUAAUUAAAAGUUUUGAUUGUUAUACAAAAAGUUUACGCUUUGCUAUACCUUAUAGUAAAGAGUAUGGAUUAGCUUUGGCUAAUAGAUCUGCAGUUUCAUUUGAAUUGAAAGAAUAUCAUAACUGUCUUAAAGAUAUUGAGUUGUGUUUUAAGAGUAAUUACCCAACAGAUUUGAAGCCUAAAAUUUACAUUAGGAAGGCAGAGUGUUAUUAUGAAUUGAAUGAGAAAGAGUCUCUAAAUCAGUGCAUAUCGGAAGUGUUUCAUUUUCUCGAAACUGAAAACGUUGUGGAAAAAGAUAAAUUUAUCAAGAGGUUGAACCACAUUAAGAAAUUAAAAAAUACGAAACCGAAAAUUGAGAGUGGUCAAGAGUGCCUUCACGAAAUCCCGGUAUUCCCCGAUGGAGAAAAUCAAUGUUUGGCUUACGCUUCCACAAAAGUAAAAAUGAGUUACAAUAAAGACAAAGGACGCCACAUUGUUGCUAGUACAGACAUCAACAGAGGAGAACUCCUCUUCAUAGAAAAAGCGUUUGUUUUUGCUCCUGUUUUCAAAGAAAACAAAGAAUUCUACUCAUUUAAAUGCUACAAUUGUCUCAAUGAUAUUGUAAGCGGUGUCCCUUGCAAUUCUUGCACCGUUUGUGUUUACUGCGAUGAAAACUGUCGCGAUAAAUCUUGGAAAAAGUGCCAUCGAUGGGAAUGCGACGGGAUGCAAGCCAACAUUUGGUUCGACUUGGGUAUCGCUCUUCCCGCAUUUAAGGUCAUGCUGGAGGGUGCUGCGACGGGAUUUCGAUCCUUGGAAGGUGGCUUUGAAGACGAUUUGAAAUGUUUCGGUGAUAAAGACGACAACUAUCGAUAUUUCAAUCGACUGCUUUCCAAUAUUUACAAAAACAAAAACGUUGCUCCUUACAUUGUUAUGGCCACUAUCGUGGUUUCGUAUUUGCGAAAAUACACCGAUUUUUUCACGUGGUUUUUAAAACAGCCAAAUUGCCCAAAGAAGGAUUUCGAUAAUUUGGUGAAACUCGUUGGGGGCCUUAUUACCAAGCACAUUGCUCAACUUGCGUGCAAUUCGAGCACGAUUGAGCAGUGGACGUGCUCUUCGUCGGAUUUGCUUUUCCCGGAUGUUCUCAUCACGAUAGCUAGUGGAAUUUUUCCAUCAGUUAGCAUUAUGAACCAUUCGUGUAGGCCAAACGUUACGAAUUAUUUCAUGUGUGAUACCAUUGUUGUUAAAGCACUCGAGGAUAUAGCUCAAAAUGAAGAGAUUUUCAAUUGUUACGGAAUCGAUUAUAGGGGGAUGGAGAGGGAGCAAAGACAGUAUGCUUGCAAGGAGUUGUACCAUUUUGAAUGUAAAUGUGUUAUUUGCUCGGAUCCUGCACACGAACUGGAUAUGCUGGACAGCUACUUGUGUCCUAAAUGUAAAGGAUUGGUCCCCGAAAUUAAUAACACAAUUUUAAGUUUUUGCGUUAAUUGUGGAGAAAAAUAUCAUUUAAAACCCUUCAGAAAAAUUAAUAAUGAGGCCCAAAAAUACAUGGAAAGUGAUUCUUCUAAUCAAUUAGAACUUUUAAUAAAGAGUUUAAAGAUAAGAGAGAAAAUACUCUAUAAACACCACAAAGAUUUCGAAGAAGUUUAUUAUCGGUUGUAUAGUUUUUACGUAAAACAUGGAGAUGCUGAAAAUAUGUUUAAAUAUUUUCAUUUGUGGUUAGAGAAUGAGAAAGCUCGUCGGGGUAGCAACUCUAGGGUUGUAGGAACUAAGUUAUACGAAGCUGCCCUUGCAAUACUUCACUGUUUGAAGGGGGGACAGCAAAAAAAUUGCACAAAUCUCAAGGAUUUUCUACAAAACGUCGAAUAUAUGAUAAAAGAAGCCAAAGCCAUUUUGAAUUUAUAUUAUCCAGCGUUUAUUACAAAUAGGCUGAAUAAAAAAAUACAGUUUAUUUCAACAAAAUAAUUUCUACCAAUAAAAACAUUAACAGGUU